AUGGACCACCCUGCAGAGUACGUCGCCGCAGAGCUUGCCGCAAACGAGGCGAACGAGAACGUAGCUCCAAAGGCCGCAUCGACCAGCACCGAAGCAUCAUAUACGACCGCUACCAGCACCGAAGCAUCGUAUGCGACCGCACAAGAGGAGCAGCCAGAAGAGCGCGACGCAUUUGGUAUCGACUCACAUCUCAGGCACAUGGAGGUCAGCGUGGCGCCGGAGGAACGAGCCCCUGAGGGGAGACCAUCAGAAGCCGGGAGCAGCGUUCCACGCGAGACACAGAUGCUGCCGAUCACCAGAAGACAGCGCCUCGUCCAGUCCGACUAUAAGGUCUUCCGUGCGCUGGACGUCAGAGGCUCCAAGAACUGCUCGGAACAUUGCCCACUCCGUGGCACGUUGAACUUCUGCAGAUGCCCCGGUGCGAGGCCGAGCUGGGUCGGCACAGGGCAUACGACGACAUUUUCCGCUACUUCCCCUGUCGGCCAAGAACCUAACAAAGCCAACAUUUCCUACAACGAUGGACUUGCCAAAAAGUUUGCGAGAGAAUUCAUUGAGACGAGCAAGGCGAUGAUGUGCUUGAAGCCUGUGAAGUCGAAGACUGGCCUGGCCCUCAAACUAGUUGAUUUCGCGAUGGACCGUUUCAAGGAGGGUAUUUUGGGCCCUCACCCUCUUCACCAAGCGGGGAGUCAGUCGCCGGACGAAGAGCUGGUGUGUCACAUGGUGGUAGGCCCGCCAGAGAAUCUCAAAGAGGUGUUGGUGAUGCCACAUUGGGUGGUGAAGAAGGACCAAAGCAUUCACUACACCGUCUUGGCCUCGAAACCUGAUGCCAUCGGCCUGGAUAGGAUCGCGGAACUUCGAAGGACGACGGGGGAUGCCGACAAGGACUUUCGACUGUUGACAGGCCGUGAAAGGAAUGAUUCCAAGGUUCAAGAUUCGGAGGCGAGUGUGUCCAGCGAGGCAACUUGA